AUGGAGAUUAUUGGAUAUUCCAUAAUGACUCUUUACAAUUAUAAAAACCACUACACCCUGUUCACGUACCUUGAGUACCCAGCUUUACUGCUGCAAGAGUAUUUAAUGCUGUUCUAUGUACUCCGAGCCAAAGGUUAUUUGAUGAACAAGUAUACACCGCUGAAUGUGGCCAUAUAUGCUUUUGCCUUGACUGCAUUCAUGACAGAAAUAAUUCCGAAGGAGACUCUUAAUUAUCUUGUUCCUAUAUGUUUACCACUCAGUGGUAUCGCCAAGGUCUCCUAUAUCCGAGGAAUGAUUAAAGCCUCCAAUUCUGAUGCUAUUUCUAUCGAAACAUGGGCUAUGUCUUCUCUGACUAAUGGCGGUCGCUUCUUCAGCGUAUACAUGGAUUCCGGCGACAAACAUCUAAUGUUCAACUAUGGGGUGUCGGUGUUUUUGAGUGGCGCUGUUCUUAUUACCGCGAUUUAUUAUCAGCUUCAGUCACAAGAACCGGCCAUAUCAACUCGCCGCCGAGAACCGUCCGUCCGUCGGCACUACCACGUCGAUUAA